UCAAAGUAGUGGUGUUGAUAUCAUCAGAAUCUGAUACAUAUAGUCUUGUUGCUUUAUGUUCUUCUCCAUGGAUACCAUCUCCAAAACAAAUACUAAUUCCACUAUGGCUGCUAUAUUGCUUCUUCUGGGAUUGUCAAUGGCAAGCUUUGAUUUAACAGGUGCACAAUCAGUAGGUGUUUGCUAUGGAAUGCUAGGAAACAAUCUACCACCAGCACAAGAAGUUGUGGCGCUCUAUAAAUCGCGCCAAAUCAGCAGGAUGAGAAUCUAUGAUCCGAAUCAAGCUGCCCUGCAAGCUCUCAGAGGCUCUAAUAUCGAACUCAUGCUAGGUGUACCAAACUCAGACCUCCAAAGUCUAGCUUCCAAUCCAUCCAAUGCCAAUUCAUGGGUACAAAGGAAUGUAAGAAACUACUGGCCAGGUGUCAGAUUUCGCUACAUUGCUGUCGGAAAUGAGGUGAGUCCAGUUAAUGGAGGCACAUCUUGGAUGGCACAGUUUGUUCUUCCUGCCAUGAGAAACAUACACAAUGCAAUUGCAUCGGCUGGACUCCAGAACCAAAUCAAAGUGUCAACUGCUAUUGACAUGACACUGAUAGGCAACUCCUACCCUCCAUCACAAGGUGCCUUUAGGGGUGAUGUUAGGCCAUACUUGGACCCUAUUAUAGGCUUCCUAGCAAACACCAAGUCCCCUUUGCUUGCUAAUGUGUACACUUAUUUUAGUUAUGCUGGCAAUCCGCGUGACAUCUCACUUCCCUACGCGCUGUUUACUGCUCCAUCAGUGGUGGUUUGGGACGGACAACGUGGAUACAAGAACCUUUUUGAUGCCAUGUUGGAUGCUCUAUAUGCUGCCCUAGAGAGGGCUGGAGGGGGAUCAUUGGAGGUGGUGGUGUCCGAAAGUGGAUGGCCAUCUGCAGGUGGUUUUGCAACAAGUGUUGACAAUGCGCGCGCUUAUAACCAGAAUUUGAUUCGACAUGUGAAGGGAGGAACUCCGAGGAGGCCUAACAGAGCCAUAGAAACUUACCUGUUUGCCAUGUUUGAUGAGAACAACAAGCAGCCUGAGCUUGAAAAACAUUUUGGGCUGUUCUUCCCAAAUAAGCAGCCCAAGUAUGCACUCAAUUUCGCUGCAGAAAGAAUUUGGGAUGUUUCUGCUGUUAACUCUACAUCAGUUUCAGCACUUAGGAGUGAUAUCUAGUCAGUGGUCUAGAACUGAGUUACUACACAGCAGAUUUGCAAUAUUCGAAACAAAAAAAGAAAAAUAAAGUUUAGUGUGGCUGCUGGGAUUCGAGCCCAGGUCUCCACGGCCACAACGUGGAAUUCUUACCACUAAACUACAGCCACAUUGUUGUUCAACUUUGUAUCAUUUUAAUUACAAUAAUUUUCUGGGAUCAUUACUCCA